GGCUAUGGGAAGUUUCAACACCAGUUUUGGAGAGGGCUUCAUUUUGGUGGGCUUCUCAGAUUGGCCUCAACUGGAAUUCAUCCUUUUUAUCUAUAUUUCACUUUUCUACUCCCUAACUCUCAUUGGAAACACCACCAUCAUUGUACUCUCACAACUGGACCCUCGACUGCACACACCCAUGUACUUCUUCCUCUGCCACCUCUCCUUCCUGGACCUCUGUUAUAUCACCAGCACUGUGCCCCAGCUGCUGAUCAAUCUUUCUGGACUGGACAGGACCAUUAGCUAUGGACGGUGUGUGGCUCAGCUCUUCUUUUACCUUGCUCUGGGCUCCACUGAAUGUGUGCUUCUGGUGGUGAUGGCCUUUGACCGCUAUGCUGCUGUGUGUCGUCCACUCCACUACACAGCCAUCAUGAACCCCCUUCUCUGUCACUCCCUGGCUAUUGCUGCCUGGGUGGGAGGUCUCAUGAACUCUCUGAUUCAGACAAGCCUCAUGAUGGCCAUGCCUCUCUGUGGCCUCCAUUAUCUGAACCACUUCUUCUGUGAGAUGCUUGUACUCCAGAAGUUGGCUUGUGAGGACACAGGAGGCACAGAGGCCAAGAUAUUUGUGGCCCGAGUCAUAAUCAUUGUUAUUCCUGCAGCACUGAUUCUAGGCUCCUAUGCACACAUUGCUCAGGCAGUUCUGAGGAUCAAGUCAAUGUCAGGGCGCAGAAAGGCUUUUGGGACAUGUGGGUCCCACCUCCUUGUGGUUUGUCUGUUUUAUGGCUCAGCCAUGUACACAUACCUCCAACCCACAGGCAGUUACUCUGAGAGCGAGGGAAAAUUUGUUGCCCUUUUUUAUACUAUCAUCAUCCCUAUGCUCAAUCCUCUGAUCUAUACCCUAAGGAACAAGGAUGUGAAGGGAGCUCUGUGGAAGGUAUUGGGGAGAGGCAGAGACUCUGGGUAACAGAAGAAAAGAGGGUUAGUAGUAACAUUUCUUGUCAACAGUUCUCUGAUAUGGAGUCCAUCCUGCUUCUUGUAGAGUAGUUAGUGUGUAGAAAAUAGUUCUCAGUUGGCCCUGGUUUUUAUUGCUUUCCUUGUUUGGAAGUUUGAAGGGGAGAUCUCUUGAGAUGUUUACUUGCUAUGGUCACUGUGCAGUGGGGAGUAAGUGCUGAUUUGUAUCACCACUUUUUAAGGGAAUGAGAUGGGAAUAGGGUGGAUCUUGACCACUUAUGCAGAAUAAGGUUGGGUUCUUGGCGUGUCUGAACGUCAGAAAAGGAUCAAUUUAGAAUGACCACACUUUUACCAACAGCCAGAUUCUGACAUGGUGCCAUAUAUGGCACCAUGACAAAGUCAUAGGACAUAAGUUCACCCCGAUGUUCUAAUUUUUUGUGACUCUGGCCAUAAUCAUUCAUAUCUCAAGGCCUGUUUAAAAAGUCUCUUACAGUUGUUCCCCUUCUGUGAUACUUUGAGCAAAUAAUUUUAAACAGCCACUUCAUGAAACAGACCUGCUGUUAUUUACCCAUUGAAGAAAGAGGUAAUGUCAAUUGACCAUCACUGCAUAAAGGGAGAGAGCAAUAGCUUAUCAGCCUCACCAGAGUCUCAGUCAGGCUGCUUGGUGUCAUGCUGCAUGGAGAAGAAAUUUGCCAUGUAAGAUAGAAGAGAACAGAGAAGAAAUGAGUAUACAAAUAAUGAACUAAUAAGAGAAAUUUUAAAAUAAAAAAGUUCAUGCUGUACUCAAUUGGAAGAAAAUCAUAUAGAAAAAAAUCAUUAUU